CAAAUUACAAGCAAAGCCGGCGCCAAUUUCAAUCCCCAGGAUAAGGUUUUCUCUUUCUCUAUUCCCUCUAAUCUUGUGGCUCUCAGAGCUCUCUCUCUUCCGAACUCAUCACUCUUAACUCACAGAGAGAAAAGAGAGAACAGCCCGAGGCUUACAAGUGAAACUGACCGUCGUUUCCAUUAAUCCCUAAAACAAUGGCUACUCUCCAAGCUUCCCUUAUCCUCCACCCUUCACUCUUUGCCUUUUCUUCUUCUUCUUCUUCAUCCUUUUGUUCUUGUUCUUAUUCUUCAUGUUUUUGGAAAAGUUUUCACUUUUCUCGCUUAGCUUCUCAUUUUAAGCAUAACCCGCUUCGGCUUCCUAAUCUUAAUCUCUCUUCGCCACCGGGAUUUCGGGAUUUUGGAUUUUGCCGGCACCCUUUUCUUGUUUCUUGCACAUUUCAUCAGGAUGAUACGAAUUUGAAUACAGAAGCGAGUUCUUUUGAUGGACAUUCGGUUUCUGAGAAAAACGAUUCGAAACCCAAUGAAAUAGAUAGUGGGAGUUCGAGUUUGAAUGGUGAUAGUUCGGUUUCUGAUGUUGGGGUGUUGGAAGCCAAUGGGUUGAGCGAAAGUUCGGAGACUCAAGUGAAGAGUGAGUUUGCUGAGUUGGGUUUGGAUAAUGGGGAAGUGGCUAGGGAAGAGAAGAGCGAGAAUGUGGUGGAAAGUGAGGGUAAGACUGGAACUUUGGUGGGGAAAGAGGGUGAUAAGAGUCGAAUACCAUUGGUGGUUUUCUUGAUGGGGGUUUGGGCGACCGCUAGAACAGGAUUUGAGAAGUUGUUGAUGAUGGAUUGGUUGAGUUGGUGGCCAUUUUGGCGGCAGGAGAAGCGGUUGGAACGGUUGAUUGCUGAGGCAGAUGCAAAUCCCAAGGACGCAGCAAAGCAGAGUGCUUUGUUGGCUGAGCUCAACAAGCAAAGCCCUGAGUCUGUCAUCAAGCGCUUUGAACAAAGGGAUCAUGCUGUAGAUAGUAGAGGAGUUGCAGAGUAUCUUCGAGCGCUUGUGGUAACAAAUGCGAUUGCUGACUAUCUUCCUGAUGAGGAGUCUGGAAAACCUUCUAGUCUUCCUUCAUUGUUACAAGAGUUGAAGCAGCGAGCAUCAGGAAAUUUGGAUGAGUCAUUUCUCAAUCCUGGCAUAAAUGAGAAGCAACCAUUGCAUGUGUUGAUGGUUGAACCUAAAGUGUCCAACAAAUCACGUUUUACACAAGAGCUUGUUUCAACUAUAUUAUUCACUGUUGCUGUUGGAUUAGUAUGGUUAAUGGGCGCUGCUGCACUUCAAAAGUACAUAGGGAGUUUGGGUGGAAUAGGAGCAUCAGGUGUUGGCUCAAGUUCUUCCUAUUCCCCGAAAGAAUUAAAUAAAGAAGUUAUUCCUGAAAAGAAUGUUAAAACAUUUAAGGAUGUAAAAGGUUGUGACGAUGCGAAACAAGAGCUCGAGGAAGUAGUUGAAUACCUCAAGAACCCAGGAAAGUUUACUCGCCUUGGGGGAAAAUUACCGAAGGGAAUUCUUUUGACAGGAGCACCUGGAACAGGAAAAACUCUGCUCGCAAAGGCUAUUGCUGGAGAAGCUGGGGUACCUUUUUUCUAUAGAGCAGGAUCCGAGUUUGAGGAAAUGUUUGUUGGUGUUGGUGCUCGACGUGUAAGAUCCUUAUUCCAAGCAGCAAAAAAGAAGGCUCCUUGCAUCAUUUUCAUUGAUGAAAUAGAUGCUGUUGGGUCCACACGGAAACAAUGGGAAGGGCAUACAAAGAAAACAUUGCAUCAACUGCUUGUGGAAAUGGAUGGUUUUGAGCAGAAUGAGGGAAUAAUUCUGAUGGCUGCAACAAACUUGCCUGAUAUUCUUGAUCCAGCUUUGACAAGGCCCGGUAGAUUUGACAGACAUAUUGUUGUUCCAAACCCAGAUGUUCGAGGUCGUCAAGAGAUAUUAGAGCUCUAUCUACAGGAUAAACCACUGGCUGAGGAUGUAGAUGUUAAAGCCAUUGCUCGUGGUACACCAGGAUUCAAUGGAGCAGAUCUUGCAAACUUGGUGAACAUUGCUGCAAUUAAAGCUGCUGUUGAAGGUGCUGAUAAGCUUACUUCUAGCCAGUUGGAAUUUGCGAAGGAUAGAAUAAUCAUGGGUACAGAGCGGAAAACAAUGUUUUUAUCUGAAGACUCUAAGAAGCUCACUGCGUAUCAUGAAAGUGGCCAUGCAAUUGUUGCUUUUAAUACUGAGGGUGCCCAUCCAAUUCACAAGGCGACUAUAAUGCCUCGAGGAUCUGCUUUGGGCAUGGUCACCCAGCUUCCUUCAAAUGAUGAGACAUCGAUUAGCAAGAAGCAGUUACUAGCCCGUCUUGAUGUAUGCAUGGGAGGAAGAGUCGCAGAAGAGCUCAUUUUUGGUCAAGACCAUGUAACUACUGGAGCAAGUAGUGACCUACACACAGCUACAGAGCUUGCUCAAUAUAUGGUAUCGAGUUGUGGUAUGAGUGAUACAGUUGGACCAGUUCAUAUCAAAGACCGACCUAGUUCAGAAAUGCAAUCACGUAUUGAUGCUGAAGUCGUGAAACUCUUAAGAGAAGCAUAUGAUCGUGUUAAAGCCCUUCUAAAAAAGCAUGAGAAGGCAUUACAUGCACUGGCAAAUGCACUUCUAGAGUGCGAAACGCUUAGUGCUGAAGAAAUUAAGCGGAUUCUUCUACCAUAUAGGGAAGGGCGGUUGCCGGAGCCUCAAGAAGAACAACAACAAGAAGAAGGAGAUCUUGUAUUGGUUUAAAUUCCAUCUGCUCUUCUAAGACUGUUCUUCUGGUUCUAGUCUGACUGUUGGGGGAGCAAAUGUACAGCAUAUAUUAUGAGCACACUGGGUAAUCAUUUUACAAAAUUCUUUCACUCGUCUUCAACUCCCUCACCCACUUGGCACCAGCCAUGGCUGUGUUUUCCAUUUUCCCAAGAUGUAAUAUAGGAAGCCUCUUUAUACCAUCCUCUGAGCUUUUAGAUUCUCUUUUUGGCAACCAAAACUCUUGUCUACAGACAAUACGAUGGAUAGGAAUUCAUGUAUUAUUUUGAUAAAAACAAAGCUGUAUAUUAUUUCAACUUUAAAACCCAAAUUAAAUAUGGGUGAAUUUUUGAAGAAUACAUUGAAGGAAGUCAAUUUGUAUA